GACUUGUUACCACCAACGAAUUCCACGAGAACCACAACUCGCAAAAUCAUAGACUUCAAAAUGUCCAACACAAUAUCUCCCGCAGAUGCAAAGAUCCUAAAGAAGGAGCCUCUUGACACCAAAGACGCACGAUGGACCCGCCUCAUCCUAACAACCUACACCGAUCCCCAAGGCAAGGAGCGAACAUGGGAGCAUGCCGAACGACCUACACGUCCCAAGAACUCUGAAGUCGAUGGCGUGGGUAUAGUUGCUAUUCUCGAUAAGCCGACUGGUCCCGAAAUCAUUCUGCAGAAACAGUUUAGGCCUCCCAUUAACGCUGUUACGAUUGAGGUCCCGGCUGGUCUUGUGGAUGCUGGGGAGACACCUGAACAAGCUGCUGUUAGGGAGUUGAAGGAGGAGACUGGUUAUGUCGGAGUUGUUUCUGAAACUACACCUGUUAUGUUCAAUGAUCCCGGUUUCUGCAACACGAAUCUACGAAUGAUUCACGUAACCAUCGACCUCUCUCUACCCGAGAACCAAAAUCCAAAGCCCGAACUAGAAGAAAAUGAAUUCAUCGAAGUCUUCACAAUUCCCUUGAAGGACUUCUACCCCGAAUUGAAGAAGUUGGAGGCUCAGGGCUACGCUAUGGAUGCACGUGUUGCUACGAUUGCAGAGGGAUUUGAGCUGGCCAAGAGGUGGAAGUUAUGAUCUGUGAUAGAUACUAGCGAACGUUCCACGAAGGCUUAUGAUUGGCAUGAAAUCAUAGAAGCAUCGAAUUGCUAAAUCCAACGCAAUAAGCAAAUCUAGUCUAUUCUGCCACU